CUUGAAUGCGUUCAUUACUUGUUUGAUUCUUUGGCCCGUUGGAUUGCCAAAGUUUGCAUCUUUAUGCUUGAAUUAUUUAUUUCUUUCGUGCAUUUUCUUUUCCCUUUUUUCAUUUCCAUUCCUUUUUUGCUUGUAGUUGUAUCUUUACUCUCUUACUUUUUUUUUUUUUUUUGCAUUGACCUUUUCGCUGGUGGUCUUUCUUUAUUCCAAAUGUCUUUGUGUUGCUUGUUACCUGUUCAGUUUCUUUCAAUAUUGUGUCAAUGAUAGGUUUUUCAAGUUGCAACUUGCAAGCUUGUUCUUGUUCUUUAUUUACCAUCAAUGUGCUUUGAUGAUUUUGUUUAAUGGGUUGACUGGAAAGCAACAAUUUCAAACUAGAAUAGAGUAUUCAGUAAGAUAGACUUCAUGAAAUAUCCCAACUCCACAGUAGUAGAAUACUUUUCUAUUGACUGGAGGGAGAUGUGGUUUCGAGGAUUGAGUUCAGAAUUCACACUGCACUAUUGGUUCCCACGUAUCUGAAACUACUCUUCUGCAUAUGGUUUAAGGAGUUAAACAUCUAACCUUGUAGGAUAAAUGGGUGAUGAUAUUGAAGAUGAUGUUUCACAUCUUAACCCUGUUGGAAGAUCAUCUGUUUUUUAUUAUGGUGUGGGACACAUGCUAAAUGACAUCACUGCUGCCUGUUGGUUUACCUAUCUGUUAUUGUUUUUAACAGAUAUUGGACUGUCCCCAAGAGAUGCUGCUACAGUAAUGCUUUCUGGUCAGAUAGCUGAUGGAUUUGCUACCAUAUUUUCUGGUGAACUGAUAGACAGGUUUGGGCAUUUCAAAAUAUGGCAUGGUGCAGGAUCUGUUUUGGUCGCCAUUUCAUUUUCUUCAGUUUUUGGUGGUUGCUUGCCUUGUACAAUCUUUGCUAACCAUUCAUCAACGCUAGAAACAGUAUCAUAUAGUGUCUUUGCUGCAAUCUUCAAUGUGGGUUGGGCUGCUACUCAAGUUUCACACAUGUCUAUGGUGAAUUGCAUCUCGCUAAACUCUACAAGCAGGGUUGUGAUGGCAAGUUGUCGAAAUGCUUUUACUAUGGUUGCUAAUCUCAGCCUCUAUGCAGUUGCUUUGAUAGUGUUCAAUAUCAGUGAAGCAAAAACACAUGCUGAUAUUGAAAAUCAGUACCGAUGGAUUGCAUACUUGUCCAUUUUUAUUGGUUGCUGCUUUGUGGGACUAUUUCAUCUUGGAACCAAGGAGCCAAGAUUAAAGAUAAGUGUACAUGGAGAUUGUUAUUCAAGGAUAUCAUGGACUUACUGGUUCAAGAAAAUUUUAUACUAUCAAGUUGGACUUGUUUAUUUGCUUACCAGACUUGUACAAAAUGUUUCACAGGCAUAUCUUGCAUUCUAUGUAAUUAAUGAUUUGUGCAUGGCCCAAUCAGCUAAAGCUUUGGUACCUGCAAUUAUCUACAUCAGCAGCUUUGUCAUAUCUAUCAUUAUGCAGGAAAUAUCUUCGACUGGAAAACGCCUGAAGGCCUACUAUUCUGCUGGCGGCAUUCUUUGGAUAUUUUGUGGUGCAAGCAUCUUUCUUUUACCUAGAAGCAUGAGUGGUUUCAUGUAUUUCAUAUCCAUAUGUAUUGGAAUAGCCAAUGCACUAAUGACGGUAACUGGAAUAAGCAUGCAGAGUGUUCUAGUCGGUUCAGAUCUCAAUGGCUGUGCUUUUGUUUGUGGUUCAUUAAGCUUCUUAGACAAGAUUUCAUGCGGACUGGCCUUGUAUACUCUUCAGUCAUAUCAAACCAUCUCACCAAAGGUCCAGAAUUCCCUUUCCACGAAUUAUAUUUCAGUAACAAGAUAUGGUUUGGGUCUAGUUCCAGCUGUAUGUUCGCUUCUUGGUGUGGCCAUUACAUACACUAUGAAACUUAAUACACCCCACGAUAAACCUUUGGUGGAGCCACUGUUGGAAUAAUAAUGUACUGGAGGGGAUAAUCUGUCGGAGACUUCAGUCAAGCAUUCCACACGGCCAGGGGAAAGAAGUUCUUGAAUUUCAGAUUAGAUCAACCAAGCUGACGGUUUAGUUUGUUUUGCUCUGUUCAUUCUCAAAAGUCAUAGACAAUCUUUCUUCUACGCUCAUAGAUUAUUUUACUUCAAUAUUUCAUUUUAUACAAGUUCAUUGUAAUGAUGAUACAUUAAGCAUACGAAGCAAACCAAUGCAAAUACACAAUUGUAUUCUUACAAGCUAUGUGUAAGCAAACCAAGGCCGAUUCAUUAUCAAGUUCAACAUUAAAACAGCCA